CCUCUCCCGCCACUCGCACAGCACACUCCAGGUUACGCUGUGACGCUUCUGCCCCUAGCCAACUGCUAGUGCACUGCCAUGGCCCUCUCCGACGUCGACCUCGACUUCGAGGCCUUCCUCGCCCACCUCGCCUCCGGCCUCGACGCGCCGCCUCCGACGCAGACGUCCCCCGUGCCGGCUCUGUCGUCGUCGCCGGAUCUUCUUCCCAUGCUCACGUCGUCGCCGGAGGCGGGCCUGCUGAGCCCCGCUGCCCCGUCGCCGCUGGAAGUACCCAUGGACACGUCGUCGCCGUCGGAGGGCGGCCUGCUGACCCCAGGUGCGCUGUCGCCGGAUCUUCCCAUGACCACGUCGUCGCCGGAGGAGGGCACGUCGUCGGGAUCGGCGGGGACCGUCGCCGUCGCCGGACCAGACGACGGCGACAGGGAGCGGAGGCUCCGCCGCAAGGUGUCCAACCGCGAGUCGGCGCGCCGGUCACGCGCGCGCAAGCAGCGGCACCUCGAGGAGCAGCGCGCCGCGGCCGCCACGCUCCGGGCCGGGAACCGGCACCUCGCCGAGAAGCUCCGGGUCGCCAGGGCGCGCGCGGGGCUCGUCGCGCUCGCCAACGCCCGCCUCCGCGCCCAGGGCCAGGCCCUGAGCCGACGCCUCGACGCCGCGCGCCAGGCCCUCGCCCUCAGGCAGCUCUACGCCGCCGCGUCGGCCUCCGGCGGCGCCCUGGACAUGCAGGCGCUCGCCUCGCUGAUCCGGUAGCGCAUGGCACGGCGCGGGCGCACGAGAAGAUGUUUUUUGACCUGCUGGUGCAACAUCGAUCGAACGAACGAACGACGAACGUACGGGCUGCUAUUAAUCGAAACCCAUAAGAAGCUAUUAUGCAUGAUCCUUGAUAUAUAAAAGCAAGAAAUUGUGUACGGAAAAUGGCACCAAAAAACGUACUUGCUGCUUGAUCCAUGCUGCUGCUCGAACAUCGCCGAUUUCUGCGCUCCCUUUGAUCGGAAACGGACGGCCAGGAUCGAUCCAGCGAGCAUGAGAUGCUCUUCCGCUCGCCGCUGGAUCUCAAUUAUUGUUGUCUCUGUGAUUUAGUAGCUAGUGCUGCAGCUUUGCUAUCGAUCUGUUGGCUGAUUACUGGAUGGAUGUAUCCAUCGUCUCUCUCUCUGUGUCCUUCUUAUUCCUCAUGUUUGGCACCUGUCACCCUCAUGCUUGUCUCUCUAAAUAUAAUUCCUUGCUCACCGGCCGAAAGUUGGUGGACGAGUUGCACAUAUGCUUGUCCUCAUUGUCUCAUCAUUCUUCUCUCCCCUCCCUCCCUUUGUGUAUGUGUGUGCGAGAGAAUGUGUGUGUAUAUAUGUAUGAAAGCGAUGAUGCGCCAUAUAUUAAUUUUGUUGAGUAUCGAUCGAUUAUUCUCCUAUGGGUACAUACGCCCAU